AUGUCGCUUAUUCAAACCCUUGUCCAGCUAGAGGCAUCUUUAACAGCGUUCCUCUCGAUACUGACUAACGAUGGGGUCAAAAGAGAGUUGCAAGAGCUGUUAUAUAAUGACAAAGCUUUGCCGGACAAGGAGAUAUUACAGCGUGUUACAUCGGUAGUGGACAAGCUGGGAGAAAUGCAAUUGAUUUUGGAACCGGCCCAUCUUAUCCUCGCGGAUCAUUUCUUUGGAUACACUGAUACCAAAUGUCUUGUUGCAGCGGUAGACCUGGAUGUUCCUGGUCAUCUCGCCAAUGGUUCGAAGACAUUGGAGCACUUGGCUAAGGUGACCCAUGCAACGCCACUUAGGCUAGGCCAAAUCCUUCGUCCUCUCUACACUAAGGGCAUCUUCUCCUAUGAACCUGCGACGGGGGAGUACGCUUUGAACCAUGUAUCCAGACUAUUACUGAAGGACCAUGCAACUCAAUGGCAUAACUGGGUGACUCUGUAUGGCAAUCAAUUCUUUGAUAUUGCAAGAGGCAUCCCAGAAGCUGUUAAAUCUGGCUCUACUCGAUGCGCCGCACAGGUCAACUUCGACACAGACUUGGACAUGUUUGCUUACUUUGAAAGCCAAGGCUGGGUCCCGCAACUACACAAGACCCUUGGAGGGGGUGCCAAGGCAAUGGCCCCUGGAAUUCUCGUAGAUUAUCCUUGGCACGAGAUUGGAGAUAAAACUGUCAUGGAUAUCGGAGGAGGCAGUGGAGCUCUACUAGCUUCGCUCCUACGAGCUAACCCCGGGAUGUCGGGAGCUCUCUUUGACCGACCGGCCGUGAUAGAUCACAUCAUUCCGUUCUUCACGAAAGGCGGUCAAUUUGAAGACCUUGAAAGCCAAGUACCACGUGGUAAUCUCAUAUCUGGGAAUUUUCUUGAAGAAUUGCCCAAGUAUGAGGCUUACACAAUGAAGUGGUGCCUUCAUGACUGGGAUGACAAGACAGUUGUCAAAAUUCUAAAGAACAUCCGGGAGGCAAUCAUUGCGACCGAGUCAAGCCGGUUGAUAGUGCUAGAGUCCGUACUAUCCGACACUCGGAGUGGCAGGCUUUCGGUAUACGGAGACAUCAACAUGAUGAUGACUGUCAAUGGCCAGGAAAGGACCGAAGAUAAAUGGAAUGAACUAGCUGAGAGGGCUGGGUGGCGGACCGAGAGGAUCUGGCCGUUGAGGAAUGCUUGGGUACAGGCUAUUGACUUGAGGCCAUAA